AUGUUCUCUACACGUCGACAACUUGAAAGAAGGACUGGAAAAUCUGGAACUCCAAGACUUGAAUAUCUUGAAGAACUUGUUAACGAAUAUCAAAAUACAAAGGAUCAAAGGGCCAAAUACCAAGUAUUAGCAAAUUUAGCCAAUUUUGCUUAUGAUCCUAUUAAUUAUGAAUGGCUUUGGCAGUUAAACGUAGUAGAUUUAUUUCUCGAUACUUUAAAUGAAUCGGAUGAAAAGUUGAGGGAAUUUGGUUUAGGUGGACUAUGCAAUUUAUGUUUAGAGAGUCGAAAUCAAAAACAUAUAGUCGAGAAUGAUGGAAUUCCAUUAAUUAUCGAUUGCUUAUCUAAUGAGAAUCUGGAUACAACAUUAUCUGCCAUCACAGUUUUGAAUUUCUUAAUAACACCAACGAGUGAACAAUAUAUUUUAACGGAUCAUGUGAAAGAGCAAAUGAUUAAAUUAUCGUAUUCUGAUAAUAUUCGAGUAAAGAAUUUAGCAACCAUAUUUUUAGAAGAUUAUUUUUUUCCUAAUGAUGCAAACAAGUAG